AUGAAUGUCGUUCGAGUGCUGCUGCUGCUUCCGGUGUCCUGUGUCAGUGGUGGGCUGGUGGCUGUCGAUAGUCACGGUGGUGGUUCCAUUGCAUUAUAUAUAGUGGUACAUUUAGUGGUUAUAAAGCUCAAGUUUCGGUUCCUAUUUUCAUUUUUCACAAAUCGGGUAAUGGUGGUUAUAAGAAUGCUGCUUGAUCUCUUACUAGUUAUUUCUAUGACGGUCAUCUUACCUGGCGAUGCUCAAGAAUUACUAAAGCUUCAAAAACCAAGAUUGAUGAAAUGCAAAUUUGAUAAAAUAUAUCAGUUUGGUGACUCACUUUCUGAUACUGGCAAUUGCAUCAGAGAGAUGUAUUGUGGAGCUCAUACUGAAUGGAAAAGACUUCCUUAUGGAAUGAACUUUUCCCAGAAUGCAACCGAACGUUGUUCUGAUGGCAUGCUCAUAAUUGAUUUCAUAGCACUGGAAUCUGGUCUUCCUCUCCUAAAUCCGUACAAGCGUCAAAAUGCAAAUUUUAGACAUGAUGCGAAUUUUGCAGUAGCAGGAGCUACUGCUUUACCAACUGAAAUCAUGGCAGAGAAUAAGAUUGUUAAUUCAGCAUUAACCAACAGUUCAUUAAGUGUGCAACUUGAUUGGAUGUUUUCCCAUUUUGACACCAACUGCUCCCCUGAUUGCCAAGAAAAAUUGAAGAAGUCACUUUUCCUAGUUGGAGAAAUCGGAGGAAAUGAAUUCAAUUAUGGCUUUUCGCAAGGUAAAACCAUGAACGAGUUGCGAAGACUGGUGCCAGAAGUUGUUCAGACCAUCAUUCAUGGUGUUAGAAGAGUCAUUGAUCUUGGGGCUACUCGAAUUGUAAUUCCAGGCAAUUUCACAACUGGUUGUGUCCCAGCUCUCCUAACACAAUUCAUGACUGAAAACUCAACUGCAUACGAGGAGUACCAUUGCUUGAAAGACUCGAAUAAAUUGGCAAUCUUCUACAAUCAUCAUUUGCAACAAGCCAUUGAUGAGCUGAAGAAAGAGUAUCCAAACACUAUACUCAUUUAUGGUGACUACUACAAUGCCUAUUUAUGGCUUCUACAAAAUACCGUGAGCAUUGGAUUCGACAAAAACUCUUUGCAGAAAGCAUGUUGUGGAAUAGGAGAGGACUUUAAUUAUGACAUACAUAAAAAAUGUGGAUCUCUAGGAGUUCAACUGUGUGCUGACCCUAGUACUCACAUCAGUUGGGAUGGAGUUCAUUUGACACAAAAAGCAUACAGUUGGUUGGCAAGAUGGUUAAUUCAUGACAUGUUACCCCAAUUGAACUAUCAUGUUUAAGUUCAGACUUUUAAUUUCUUUUGAUUAUUUUUGUGUUUCAUAAUUUUUAGGGGUUCAUGUCCAAAGUUCAGACGCAAGUAGAAAUCAAAGUUCAGUUUUUUUCUUCCAUUUUGUAAUUACACAGCCUAACAAUUAGGCAAUUUUUUCAAACACAACCAUGUACUU